AGCUGCGGGAACCCACAGCAAUGGCGGACUACCAUUUCGUAUACAAGGAUGUGGAAGGAGCCUCGACGCAGUGGGACGACAUUCAGAGGAAACUAGGAAAUCUUCCCCCGAAGCAGCCGGCGUUCAAGCCGGCGCCUUUCACGCCGGUCGAGGACGACGAAUCCAAGCCGAAAGACAAGGCCUGGAUCGACGAGAAAACUGAGGAAGAGCUUGAAGAUCUCGAGGAUGAUCUCGAUGACGAUCGCUUCCUCGAAGACUACAGGAAGAAGAGGUUGGCCGAGAUGAGAGAGGCAGCCAAAAUUGCAAAGUUUGGUUCAGUAAUCCCAAUAUCUGGAUCUGAUUUUGUUCGUGAAGUUUCACAGGCUCCUCAAGAUGUUUGGGUGGUCGUGUUACUGUAUAAAGAUGGAUACCCAGAGUGUAGGCUGCUUUUGCAAUGUUUAGAAGAUUUGGCUAAACUAUAUCCUGCAACUAAGUUCGUCAAAAUUAUAUCUACUGAGUGCAUUCCCAACUAUCCCGAUCGUAAUCUUCCCACUAUUCUGGUGUACAACAGUAGUGCCGUUAAGGCAACUUAUGUGGGAAUACAUAGUUUUGGUCGGAGGUGUACUCCUGAAAGUGUUGCCUUAGUUCUGUGCCAGUCAGAUCCUGUGCUCAAUGAUGGGCAUGGCGGAGAGCAAUCCACAGAAGCUGUUCUUAAAGGGGUCAGGAAGAACUUUGUGGAGAGGGUCAUAAGAGAGCACGAAGAUGAUGAUGAUGGGUCUUCCAGCGAUUGAUCUAUGUAUUAUCUUUCUCCUUUAGGGAGAUUUUAAACCCUGAAGGUGCAUCACCUUGGUUUGUAGGUCUUAGGGAUGAGCAUCAUCUCUCUUCAGUUGUUUAUAAGAACUUAUUGUAUUUUGUAUCCAUUUUCUUUCUUAAUUUCAUUACUCUCGUGAAA